UGUUCGGGACGUGUAAACGAAGCCUUGCAUCAUCUCUCGAUGGGGUCGAGUAAUGAUAAAAAUCGAUCAAGUGUUGCUCCGUUUUAUUUCCUCCUUUCCACCCAUCGAGUGGGACUUGGCGAAUGGCUCGGUUGAAAGCAGCUGAAUCAAUUCACAAGCGGGUGAAAUCAGGAAAACGUGAUUCACGAGAUACAGACUGGAACACUCCUUCGAUGACGCCUAUUACACCUAAGACUGUUUAUUACAAGUUAAAAUACAGAACAAGUAUGCAAUCAGGCCGUUACUGCGCAGUGGCGAUGAUGGGUUUAUUAAUCUUUUUUUUUUUCUUCUAAAUUACCAUACUGUUCUCGCGAGAACGGAGCCAUUCUUUGGAGUGUCUGGCAAGCCUCGACGCACAUUCCGACUGGUUCCCUAUCACCGUAAAUACAUACAAGCGAGAAGUCGUGGCUUAGAAUCAGAAAACGUUGGCCAUACCCGAAGGGGGAAGAAAGAGAAUCACGCCAAGGCGCAGAUAUUUAUAGGACAGAGAUGCACGAACUGCACGUACGACUGUCGCACACUGUAGAAUCGCGCACAUGGAUUCCCAACACUGACGUCCAGAAGCCCGAGGACAAACCAUGGAUCAUUUGAAGGGACGUCCUCCAAAUCAGGGAUAAAUAAGGAAUACAAUUUUGGGAACUUCACUUAUUCCAAGGAAAGCAAUAUGUUUUCGGAAGUAACAUAAGGACAAGCGGAUCCUCUCCUCCGAAUCAUCGAUGAUGAAAUUGCGGGCUUAUGGACAAGUGGACAGCACAUGAUCGCUUCGGUGACACGUGUCGCCGUGGAUUUCAUUUUAUCGAAAAGUGGUUAUCGAUGUACAAAUAUUUCUGGGACUUCACACCAGGAAUAUCAGCGAUCGCUCCGUGAACGCAAUCGGCUGGCCAGUCUUCAUUUGAUUUUCAUUCAGAAAUAUGUAACGUUUUGGCAGCCGGUUUUCGAACUCUUUCUUUCCUUGCUCCUUUCCACUUCUGUCACAUGCCCUACGGUACGAGCUGAUUGUUUUUCUUUUUUUUUUAUUUGAAAUACUUCAGCAUUUUCAUUCUGGAUUUCGGUACGCUAAAGAGCUCGUGUCCUAAAGUAUCGUUUAAUAUUAUUCCACCUUUUCUCAUAGGAAGUAAUAUUUCCUUAAAGAAUCUUAUUCAUACGCUUUUGUCCAUAUUGUCAAUGUAUUUCUGAUUUUCCAUAUUUUCCCUGCAAUAAAGUGAUAGCAUACUCAAAGUGCAAAGAGACGUAGUAAUCGGGAGUGUACUUAGAGAAAUUUGACCGGAGUGACUCGUUCUAGUAAAUACACCCGAGUACCUGAUAAGUGUUCAAAAUUGUUGGGUCUUCUCGAAACACUUCAUUUGUAGCGUGAUUUUCAGCCUGACCUCAGCUUCGAGUAGAUCGUUAAGAGCUAGAUUAAAAAAUUUCCUCGUUGCAAAAUCACCGCGCUCAAGGGAGCCCCGUUAUCGUUAAAUAAAUUUGCCGCGGAUUACUUGUCUUGAGAAAUAUGACCAAAUAUCAGUAUUCGAAAAUUGCCGCUUCUCGAGCGACUCGGUCCCCUCAGUCCUUUUUGAAAGUGGUUAACAACGGGGCGAGUUUUCGAGUAUUCGAGUUUGUUUGACUCGGCCUCUUUCAUUUCCUCUGAUUGAAUCAAUUCGGGAUUUUAAAUCACCCUCGGUGGACCUGAAAUUAUUCCCCUACCGUAAGGGCAUGCCAAUUCAGUUUUCCUUAGCCGUUCCCUCUCUCGUUAUUUUCCCUCUCACUCCCGAGGGAUAAAGAAAACAAUCAAGAGGAAGUAAUAAGAAAAGUCAAGAGUGACGAAGUUGGCUGAAAUCGAAGUUGAGUUUUGGCGAGACUCCGAAGGCAUCGCGAGAACAUCUGUCCGGAGCUUUUCCAUCAUUUCUACUCGAAAUCAUGGCACACGUGCUCGAGGAUUCAGCAAGGACGGAAAAGAAGAAGAGGGCCGGGAAACAUGGCGCCCUCGAAAAUGCCGGGUCGAUGAAGACAACACAAGUGGCACCUAAACCACCAGACGGUGGUUGGGGAUGGUUCGUUGUCUUCGCUUCCUUCAUGAUCCAUCUUGUGUCCGAUGGUGUGAUGUACUCUUUUGGAAUAUUCUACUUGGAAUUUCUCUACUACUUCGAGGAAGGAAAAGGAAAGACUGCCUGGAUUGCAUCUCUUCUCGUUGGAGUUACAUUAUGUUCAGGUCCUAUAUCGAGUUCUUUUGUGAACAAAUACGGUUGUCAAGCAGUGACGAUCGCCGGCACAAUUCUUGCAUCUACUUGUCUCGUGCUAAGUGCCUUUGCUCAAAAUAUCUUGACGUUGUACUUCUCCAUCGGCAUCGGCACAGGUCUUGGCUUUGGUCUAAUUUACCUCCCUGCCAUCGUGAGCGUAACGUGCUACUUCGAAAAGUAUCGUUCUCUCGCAACCGGAAUAGCAGUUUGUGGAUCUGGUCUUGGGACUUUCGUCUUCGCUCCAUUUUGCGAGAUGUUGAUCGCCACUUAUGGUUGGAGGGGAGCAAUGGUGAUCCUUGGUGGAAUGGUGUUCAACUGUACGAUUUUCGGAUUGCUCUUCAGACCUCUGGAGCCCAGCAAGUCAGUCGAAGUCAUUGCCCUAAAGGAACUCACUGUAGAUUCAAAAUUAACUCCUAAAUACAGGGAGAUGAAGAAUGAUUUCCACCGGCCUCGCAGUGUUGCGAACGUUAACAAUACUAAAUAUUUAGUCGUCAGCACCGAUGAGAGGAACAAUUUGAGAACACUCAGUCAACCAAUGCUUGCGACGAAACCUAUCGGCCACCAUGGAGAAUUCAUGACGGGGUCUUUUGGCAGUGGCAUAAUGAAUCGUCGUGAUGUUUUUUUUCAAAGAAGCCUGGAUAAUGUCCGAAAACGAUCCGGUUCACUGGGACACAGCGAAGAGAACAUAAAUGUCCGGUCGUCACUGAGAAGUUUACCUAAUGGGACCACUCAUAAACAAGAGAAUUUUGAAUGUCUUCCUUAUGCCGAGGAGACAAUCGACAUCCUGCACGAGAUGCUGGAAUUGUCGCUUUUGAAGGACCCAGUAUUCAUUCUGUUCAGCUUGUCCAACUUUUGCACCAGUAUAGGAUUUAACAUACCUUAUGUCUACUUAGUGGCGCAAGCGAAGGAACAAGGCAUGUCGAAAGAGGAUGCAAGUUAUUUAUUAUCAGUUAUCGGCAUUGCCAAUACAAUAGGUCGAGUUGCCCUAGGCUAUGUUUCCGAUAAGCCUUGGAUCAAUCGGCUCCUGGUGUACAACAUUUGUUUAACCGUUUGUGGUCUUUCCACCGCUUUUAGCGUGUUCUGCAGAAGCUUCACCGCAUUUGCAUUUUAUUCGACAGUGUACGGAUUUACUGCUGGUGCUUACGUAGGUCUAACGUCAGUGAUUCUAGUCGAUUUAUUAGGCCUAGAUCAUCUAACGAAUGCAUUCGGCCUUUUGCUGCUCUUCCAAGGGGUUGCAUCUUUAUUGGGACCACCUAUUGCAGGAUGGUUGUACGAUGUCCUUCAUUCGUACGAUCCUGGAUUCUACGUAGCUGGAAGUAUGAUUGCUAUCAGCGGACUUAUGCUGUUUUGCAUACCUGUUAUUCAGAGGAAUAUACAACAAAAAGCACAGACUGAAAACGUUAAAUGUGGCGAUAUAGUAUGAGUUAAAAAUACAUACGUAUUUUAAUAAGGUUUAUGUAUAUUUUUAAAGCUAGUAAUUUGUCACAUUUGAACGCGAAUAUUUCAGCGACGUUGUUUCGCCCGUGAAUCUGUUUAAGUAAUUCGAACUAUAAAUGUGGCGAACUCAACAUAUAUAAUUUCGACUAGUCCUGUUAGGAUGUUUUUCUAUUCUUGAAUCAUCGUGAAUGAUUUAUUCGCGGAAGUGCAAUUAAUUCACAUAGGUUUAGUUAAGUAAGAAUUAAAAUUAAGAGAUUUUUUAAUAAGCAUGAGAUAUUCGAAAAUAAUGCAUGCAUUCCCCCUGUUUUUUGAUUAAAUGACAGUCAAAUCUUGUAAUUUACUUGCUUCUAAUGUAUACACAUACUGUAGAAAAGGAUGUAAAAAUACUGUUACUGUUAUAAAGGAACCCAAGGAUUAAAGACUGAAA